CUUGGUUUUGAGUCACGUGACAAAAAGUUAGCAUUUCAUUGGUCAGCUCUUCAGCCACGCUCAUUAUCAUUACUUCAGACUUGUGGCUGAGAAACACAACUGAACCUAACAAUGGGAGACGCUCCAUACAGUUACGCUCCGCCUCAGGCUGCAGCACAAACAGGAUAUGCAGCCUACGGCAGCUCAACAGAAACAAGCGCCUAUGGGCAGCAGGCUAGCUAUGGCCAGCAGAGUUACAGUGGGUAUGACCAGUCAUACUCCCAGUCAGCAGCACCUGCCCAGACCACCACCCCAACGACUGGAUACGCACAGCAGACACAAGCCGGAUAUGGGCAGGCUGGAUACGGACAGAGUGCAUACGCACAACCAACAGCCCAGCCCACCAGUCCAAGUAGCGCUUAUGGUCAGUACGGUCAGAGCAGCUAUGGUCAGUCAUCAGAAAGCAGUGGGUAUGGCCAACAAUCGUCUCAGGCACCAUCAUCCUAUUCUCAGUCGGGCUAUAGCCAGGGUGGUCAGUCUGCUUCAUCAAGCUACCAGCCGUCCAGUGGUGGCUAUGGUAGUGGACAGCAGAGCUAUAGCACCCAAUCAUCAGGAGGGGGAUACGGAAGCCAGUCAUCCAGUAGUGGCGGCAGUGGCGGCUAUGGAAGCCAAUCUGGGGGAUACGGCGACCAGUCAUCUGGGGGAUACGGAGGUUCUGGUGGAAGAGACGGUGGCAGCAGAGGAGGGGGAGGAUAUGGCGGCGGCAGUCGAGGAGGGUUCAACAAAGGUGGUUAUAGUAGUGGUGGAGGGGGAGGAGGAGGUGGUGGCAGAUAUGGAUCUGAUGAAAUCGCCAAAGCUACUACAGAUCGUGAGAUGGAGACACAACAUGAUACAAUCUUCGUGUCUGGCAUGGGAGAAGAUGUGGUAGAAGAAGCAUUGGUUCAACAUUUCGGCAGCAUCGGUGUCAUUAAGACUGACAAGAGAACAGGAAAGCCCAAAGUGUGGAUCUACAAAGAUAAGGUGUCUGGCAAGCCUAAAGGAGAAGCUACUGUGACGUUUGAUGAUCCUUCUACAGCCAAGGCCGCGAUUGACUGGUUUGACAAGAAAGAUUUCAACGGGAAGACCAUCAGUGUUGAAUUAGCCCAGAGACCAGUUGGAAACUUUGGUGGUCGUGGUGGCAGCCGAGGAGGUGGUGGCCGGGGUGGUGGCGGCGGCGGUGGUGGUGGUCGUGGAGGACCCCGGGGAGGCGGCAUGGGAGGUGGCGGCGGUGGUGGUGGCAGACAGGGAGACUGGGACUGCCCCAACAGUGACUGUGGUAACAACAACUUUGGCUGGAGACACAACUGCAACUUGUGCAACACUCCCAAACCUGAAGGCAUGGGAGAUGACGAUGAUGAUAGAGGCCGUGGACGUGGUCGUGGUGGUUUUGGCCGUGGAGGACCAGGUGGACGUGGUGGUCCCCGGGGUGGACCCAGAGGAGGCGGGUUCGGAGGAGGACGUGGAGGUGGACCCGACAGAGGACGCGGCGGAUUCAGGGGUGGUAUGCGGGGCGGACCAGACCGGGGCAGAGGAGGUCGGGAUGGAAGAAUGGACCGAGGAGACAGAGGCGACCGGCGACCCAAACCAUACUAGAAGUUUCUCAUCUGCCGGCUAGAAAAGUCGUCUUCAGAGAAGAGCAUUUUAGCCAUCAUCUCAUUUUAAGUGUUCAUCAUCCAUCCUUUUACUCUUGACAAUUUGUUUACCUUGCUUGAUCAUGAAUAACAUGUCCAUCUCCAUUGACUUUGUUGUAACAUGUAAUGUCAUUAAAUUUGUACAGUAAAACUA